AUGUCACACCUUAUAAUCCUCUUGCAAACAGCUCAACAAUUAUACCAAAAUACCUCAAACAACAGCCUUCCAUCUGAACUUCAAGACAGCAUCCGGUUUUAUACCGCACGACUUACGCAAGCCGCAGGCAUUCUGCUUGGCCUUCCCCAAGACAUCACAGCUCAAGCAAAUGUUCUUCUCUACAGAUAUUGGCUUGUGGAUGACUUGAUGCAAUAUGAAUAUAGCGAUGUCUCAGCAGCUACCCUCUACCUAACUGCUAAAGUAUCCGCGUCUCCUCGAUCCUUUCGCAGUAUAACGAAUGUAUAUGCUUAUCUCCUCUCUCAAUCCGCAACUCUCGCAAAUUCUUACGUGCCCGAAAAUAAUCCCUCGUCGUACUAUCUUUCCGAAUCUGCCUACAUAAACUACCGUACACGACUCCUCAACAUUGAAGGCCAAGUCUUGAAUGCUCUGGGAUUCAAUACACACGUCGCUCUUCCCCAUCCCCUCGCAAUUACAUAUCUCCAAACUCUCGAUAUAUUUUCACCGGCACACAAAAAUGGCAGUGGCAAAGCGGUUGCGAAGAAGACCAUACAAUAUCUCAACACAGCGUUGCUCAGUCCGCAGAUGCUAUACUUGACACAUCAGCCAUGCGCAUUAGCAGUGGCGGCAGUAUACCUAGCAGCAAAGGAAGAGGGAAUCAAAAUGCCAGAAGAUGAAUGGUGGGAGGUGUUUGAUGUUGAGAGGGAGGAGUUAGGGUUCUUGGUAGUUGGGAUGAGGAGUUUAGAGGGCGUGGCACGGAGGGGGAAAGAAAUAUUUGGGGAGAAGAUGAUGAUUGCUAAAGAUGAUAUUAUGGAAGAACUGGCGAAACGAGGGCUGGGACCAAGUAAUGGGACGAGUAAUGGUCAUAGCAAGAAGGUCGAUGAAGAGGAUGAAAUGAUGAAAUUGAUGGACGAGAGAAUGGAAGAUUCAUAG